UCCUCUCAAUGUAAACACUAGCGUUCGAGGCAGUGAAAACUGACGUUGCCCUCAGAACUUUUACCUACUGAAAAUAAACAAAAAUAAUAUUCCAAACGGUCACUUACGGUGAGGGUAAGUAGGAAGAGUUACCAUUCAAGAAAGCGAACCAGUGACACUCGUUGGAAACCAAAUAGUAAGUUUUAUCCUUACACACUCUGUUAUGAGAACUGCUGGAGUCAGCAUUAAAUGCCUUUUGCAUUAAUUGCCGUUUUAAAACAUAGACCGCCUUUCCAUUAUUCAUAUGACGGGCACAUGUUGUUGGCUAUCAGUGUCAUUGUAUGGUGUUGGGGAUUGUUGAGUCGCAGACCGAUGCUGCGCCGCCAGGGCAAGCAGAAAGGCGGCUGUUGUGUCUUGUUGAGUGACCUGAAGGUUUUCCUACUCAGGCCUCCGGCACCGUCGGCAUCGCCACCUGCCUUAACACCCAUGAACGAACUAAACGCGGAGGGCAAUGCGGCGAGCAGCGCCACGGAGAGCAACUCUUUAGCCAACGGGCAUUAUCAGCCCGCGGGCUGGACGCCAACAGGUGAGGCUGAGGACACAAGAGAGACCGAAGACUGGACUCACAGGACGCUGGACUGCUGCAGCUCAUCUGAGGAUUGCUCAAAAGAGAAACUUGACGAGAGGUUAUCUCUGAACAGCUGCACUGACAGUGGAGUCAGGACUCCGUUGUGUCGGAUCUGUUUUCAGGGCCCAGAGCAGGGAGAGUUACUGAGCCCUUGUCGCUGUAGUGGUUCUGUUCGCUGCACUCAUGAGCCCUGUCUUAUUAAGUGGAUUAGUGAAAGAGGCUCCUGGAGCUGUGAAAUCUGCUACUACAAAUACCAGGUCAUCGCCAUCAGAACCAAGAACCCAUUACAGUGGCAGGCCAUCUCUUUGACAGUGAUAGAAAAAGUACAGAUAGCGGCAGCUGUACUGGGUUCCCUGUUCCUGAUAGCCAGUAUCUCCUGGCUGGUGUGGUCCUCCCUCAGCCCAUCGGCCAAGUGGCAAAGGCAGGACCUGCUCUUCCAGAUCUGUUAUGCCAUGUACGGCUUCAUGGACCUGGUGUGCAUCGCUCUGAUUGUGCAUGAGGGUCCCUGUGUAUUUCGCAUAUUUAACCGCUGGCAGGCUGUUAAUCAGCAGUGGAAAGUCCUCAACUAUGACAAGGUCAAAGACAACGAGGAGCACCAGAAGACCGGCACCACAUUCCGGACCCUCUCCUUGCCCCUGACGCACCUCAUGGGGCCCACCAUCACAGAGGGCGAAGCCUCCACAUCGACCUCCUCCCUCAUGGCUGCUGCUGCAGUCACCGCAACCCCCACAACGAACUCGGCCCCAUUGGCAGCGAGUACCACUGUGGAGGCACAGGACUUCUCUGAGGCUAGCAAUGGGCAACCCAUGCUGCCAGACCACCACUGUGCUUACAAUAUCCUUCAUCUCCUCAGCCACCUAAGGCCACAGGAGCCCCGUGGACAGUCCAGCAAUAGCAACCGUGAACUGGUCAUGAGGGUUACUACAGUCUGAGGCCUUUUUAUGGUUGAAACCCUGCAUGCAACAUAUUUAAAGAAAGAAAAAUAAACAGUGUUACCGGAGGAUCCAGUGCAGUACAAUUUUGGGUGUAAGGUGUUUUUUUUUUCUUCUACUUUUUACUGUAUUGAAUAAAAAAAAUAAAAAAUAAAAAAAAAAUAGUUUCUCUUGCAGUGGCUGAGGGAAGAAAGAUUUGGUCUGGCCAUUGCCAUAAAGCUGCAUACUUGAGAUUGUGUAAGCCAUUGAGAGACAGAGUGGGGAGGAUGAAUGGUCAGUGAAAUGGAGUUUGAAUAUGUGUGUGUGUACUGAGUUUGUUGUCAACUCAAGGCCACAGUCAGAGCUGUGGCCAUUCUAAAGCACAACCUUACAAUGCAAUCCACAUUCACUUUCUACACUGUCUGAGAGCCACUCUGCAGAACCAAAUGAAUGCAGAGAGAAGAAUAAAGGUGUUAUACAUAAAACAAAAUUGCACUAGUUUCCAAAUGGCUACUGGUUGUAUUUUCAAAUAAAAUCUUAUUAUUAAGAUCAGAACAGUACUUGUGAGAAUAACAGUUCAAAAUAAAUGUUAUAUUGAAGGAUCAAAGUUUAGUAUAAUUGUCAGCUCUGCUUUUAGGGAAAUCAAUCCUCUGAUUUUGACAGUCUUGUAAGUCAACAACAGGAAGCAACAUUGCAGUGGAGGCAACCUGUAGCAAUCAAAUCUUUUUGAAUCUUUAAAAAAAGCGUCCCAAUUUGAGGCAGAUCUUGGUCAACUGACUUAUUUUGUUUACAUUUGUUAAAUAUGUGCGAAAAAAGUUGCUACAUUAAAAAAAGACAAACUUGUUUAACUGUUGUAUGUGUCCAUUCCUCUGAGAGCCUAUUUAAUUAAAGGUGAUUUCACACUAGCACUUUUUAGGUGUUAUGGUUCAUGUGAACUUCACUGUUGAUAUGAACGUCCUGCUUCACGAAAGUUAACAGCUACUGAUGACAUAUAAUUUGCAUAUUUAAAUCCCCAUAAUAAUUAUGGUAUUAUGGAUUUCUCAUACCUGCAUUCCUCCAAAUAAAUCACCUUCUAUUUCUAAAUCUAUUUAGAUUUACACUUGCCACAAAAAUGACGCUCUUCACAAAAUGGACAAAGUUUAGUCAGCACUUAAAUGGAUAGUUCACACAAAAAUUACUCACUUUCAUACCAUCCAUGAUGUUUAUGACUUUAUUUCUUCUGCUGAACACAAAUUAAGAAUUUAGAAAAUAUCUCAGCUCUGUAGGUCCUUUCAAUGCAAGUUUAUGGUUAUCAGACCUUUGAAGCUCUAAAAAUCACAAAGGCAGCAUAAAAUUAAUUCAAAGGACUCCAGUGGUUUAAUGUCUUCUGAAGCAAUGCAAUCACUUUGGGUGAAAAACGGAUAAAUAUUUUAAUCAUUUUUUAAUAUAAAUCUCCACUUUCACCCCACCUUCACCUAUUAUACCGCUUUCGAAGAUAUAGAUUUUAUAUAUAGAUAUAGAUCAUAUAGUGAUAUGGAUUACCUUUAUGUGAUUUUUAGAGCUUAAGUUCUGGUCACCAUUCACUUGCAUUGUGAGGACCUACAGAUCUUAAAUAUUCUUCUAAAACUCUUUUUUUUUUUGUUCAUCAAAAGAAAUAAAGUCAUACACAUCUGGGAUGGCAUGACAGUCGAUAAAUAAUGAGAAUUACAAUUUUUGGUUUAACUAUCCCUUAAAUGUGGUUUAUAAAAACAAAAGGCUCAUAAAAUUGCUUCAAUGAUUUCAGUCUAAAGGGCAACAGCUGUCUGCAAUGCAUUUUAUUAAUCGUGUUUGGGCUCUUAAACCAAGCGGCAAUUUCGCAGGGCCAGCAAAAUCUUCUCUGCUGGCGUAACAUGCCAAAUAAAUAUAUAUUUUUCAAUCCUUACAUUCUCAUUGACCUUUUUGCCUAUGUAUUUUCAAAUCGCUUUCCACUCCUAAUUAUUCUACAAACGAAUAGCAAAAAACUAAAACAAUUCAGAAUUUAUUCCUCGAUGCUUACAAGCAAAGUGUGACAACAGUUUCACAACUCGCAUGCCCGAAGCAAUGCUCGAAGCAAUGCUCCUUACCGUGCGUUCAGACCAGAGGCAGCGAGAGCGUCAACACUAUGGAAGAUUCGUGGACACUGAAGUAGUUGAAAUAGGCGGCAAC